GUAUUUCUGUUUUAGUUGGAUUUAACUGAAGCGGGUUUGUUUUUAUUGAAGUGAAACUUUUUUACAUAUAUUUUAUAGGAUAAAUCUGGUGAAAAGAGGAAAUGUCAGCUUUAAGUGUGUUUCUUCUGGUGGUCAGCCUCCUGAUGGUCGUGUCUGCAGAUGAGAUCAUCUCAGCUGAAACUGGACAGAACAUCACUCUACCAUGUAGAGCUCCUAACAAGAAACCUGUUGUAGUUGUAGAGUGGGACAGAACUGAUCUGGGAUCAGAUCAUGUUCUUAAGUUCAGAGAUGAUGAUAUUUAUCCAGAUGUUCAACAUCCAUCUUUUAAGAACAGAGUGGAUCUUCAGGACAGACAGAUGAAGGAUGGAGACGUGUCUUUGGUUCUGAAGAACGUGACGACAACAGAUAAUGGAACAUACGUGUGUAGAUUGGUCUACAGUCAAACAAAACGCAGCAGGAGAAACCAUCAAGAACAUGAUUAUAUCACCAAAUACUACCUGCAGGUUGUUACUCCAGAUCACAACAUCACAGCUGAACCUGGAGACACCAUCACUCUGUCAUGUAGAGCUCCUGACAGCAGACCUGUUGUAGUUGUACAGUGGGACAGAACUGAUCUGGAGCCACAGAAUGUUCUUCUGUUCAGAGAUGAUCAGAUUAAUCCAGAUGGUCAACAUCCAUCUUUUAAGAACAGAACAGAUCUUCAGGACAGAGAGAUGAAGGAUGGAGACGUGUCUUUGGUUCUGAGGAAAGUGACGACAGCAGAUUCUGGAACAUAUGUGUGUGGAGUCACCUUCAGUCAAACAAAGCGCAGGAAGAGAUCUGUUCCUAAAUAUGAUCCCCUCAGCACCAUCCACCUGCAGGUGUCUCCUCCAGGUGAGCUGUGUGUGUGUGUGUGUGUGUGUGUGUGUGUGUGU